AUGGCUCAAUCAGAGGCCACCAUUACCCCCUCCGAUAGCUCGGAGACCUUAGAGGAUCGCCUGAUGCGCGAGCUGCUUGCGGCUGGAUAUGGCUCCAGCCCUGACACUGGCUCCAGCCCUGACACUAUAAAUCCUGCCAUGCUGGAUAUUCGUCAUCAGCACCAACAGGCGGAUGAACAGGAGGGGCAAGGGCGGCAGCUGCAACAGCAGGAGCAGCAGGAGCAGCAGGAGCAGCAGGAGCAGCAGGAGCAGCAGGAACAACAACAACAACAAGAGCAGCAACAACAGCAAGCGCAAGCUCAGCAGAACCACUUGCCAGCGGGGCGACUACGGCAACACCGGUGGUUUGCGCACAACCACCGGCAGCGUAGACAAAGGCUGCUAGAGGAGCUGCAGCAGCAGCAGCCCCAGCAGCAACAACAACAACCACUCUUGCGUAAGAACGGCCAGCCACGCUUGAAUCCCGAAAGGAAGGUCAGCGACCUUGUGGCGGGCGCUUGCAAGACCUGCCGCAAGAGCAGGACAAAAUGUCAGCGCAAUCCUCAUGGCGGCCCUUGUCAACUCUGCGUCAAGAGAGGCAGGGAGUGUGACCUAAACGUCACAGAUAAGCGCACCAGCGCGGCGGAAAUAAGCGACUUCCGCGCUGAUGUCGCUUAUUACCAUAUGAGAAUCUCACGGCGGUGGAGUAUCACCUCUGCUCUGGGCAACGGCCAAAAUAGACAGGCCGCUGCUAUUUGCAGAAGGAUACUCCAGAUUCUCCCAAAUUUUGACGAGGCCUAUGCCUCGAUUGCUGCUAACAGCGAGGCCGCAUCGGCUUUGUCAAACUGGGACCAAGAGAUCCUCAGCUGGGAUCUCAUAAGAGAUGCCCAAGCAUUCUUGGAGCUCUGCCGUCGGGAGUAUCAAUUGCUGUCGAGGAUUCGCGCUUCGCGGAGGGAGUUUGUGGAAGCUGCAGCUGCUCUAGAAGAGCAGCUAGAGCAGCUCAUUCAAGCUGGUUGUGCGAACCAGGAAAUGUGGGAAGCGGCGCCGUAA